AUGGGAAAAUACCGUCUUCAUUUUAAACAUUCACUGAAGGAGUUAGUAAACACAAAAAAUGGAAGAGACGCGAAAACGCAGUGUAAGGAAUACGGAGUUAACAGAUACGUGUUCCUGGGAAUAGCACUCUACGGAAUGCUGACACUGGGAAGGUUCAUGUGGGCGUACCCGUCGUUCUACGAAAUGUUCAUCAAGUCAGGAGCGUACGGAUGGCUGUGCGAGGAAGAGGGAGCGAGGAGAGCAGUGGAGGGAGCGCCAGGAGAGUUCACGUGCGAGCUGAGAGACAUGGCGAUUAACGCAGUGCUGCUGACAGUGACAGGGUCGACCUUCAUGGGCUCGAUCUUCGCGUCGGCAGCAAACGUGGCGCUGGGAGCAAAGAUAUCGAGCAUGAUGGGAGCAACCUCGAUGUUCCUGGGCAUCGUGACGCUGGGAUUCUCAAACAGCUCAUUCAGAAUGUAUAUACCGGGAGCAAUCAUGGUGGGAUUUGGAAUGGACUUCAUAGUAUUCCCGAGCUUUAACGCAGCAAUGCUAUUCCCGAAAAGAAAGCUGCUGAUCACGUCGCUGCUCACCUCGACAAUCUCAGCAGGAAUGUUCAUCCCGAUCCUGAUGAAGUACAUGGUGUGGGAGCUGAACUUUAAGUUCUCGUACGUAAUGCUGACGUACGCAGCACUGACGGGAGGAGUGCUCUUCGUACUGUUCAUGCUGUACUACCCGCCGAGAAGGUUCUACGAACAGUGCGAAAUCGACAACGCAUACCAGCUGAGCAACAUGGAAUCGCAACUCGAGUCGCCGAGAAGAGUGGCCUGGGGAGACGAAACGAGCAGAAGCUCGAGAAGAAGGAGCAGAAGAGACAGGUUCCUCUCAAUCUUCGGAGUGACGAGCGCUAAGUUCGACCUGCUGAAAAGGUCGAUGCUCUCGAGCCACAUGCUUAUCCUGGCGCUUAUCUUCACGAUCAUCACAAUCGCAGCCACCUACUACGUUAUCAUCACGAGCAGGCUGUACAACCAGGCCGAGAGAGGGUACCUGUCGGUGGGAAUCGCCUCCUCGUUCGCAGUGGCGAUCCUGGCCUCGCCCUUCCUGGACAAGCUGGGCUCGAUGCCGAUCAUGUGGUACGAGGUGGCAUGUCUGCUGCUGAGCAUGAUCCUGGUGGUACUGCCGCACCGCUGCACGAAGAUACUCUCAAUCGUGUGCUACUCGAUGUUCACAGCCUACAGCAACGGGCAGAUAUGGCUCUUCGCAGUGGAGACGUUCGACCCGGAGAUCAACACGCUGAUCCUGGGAACGCUUAACGCGCUGGCAGGGCUGGUGACGUUCGGGGCGAGCGCAGUCUUCCAGGAGCUGCUGGCGAGCUUCGGAUGGAUCACACAGAUGCUCAUCUUCGUGGACGUGCUGGUGGGCAUGCAGCUGGCGCUGGUGGCGACUCUGCACUACCUGAAGAGGAAGGUCCACAAGAUCGAGUAA